CUCUUUAACAAAACAUAUCGUCUUUCCCUCCAAAAGGGGCUGAUACUGGAAAUGAUGGGGCUGUUUCGGCUUCGGUUGCACCAACUUUCGACGAUGAAACCUUGUUUUUCCUGCACUUUUAUGCCCAUGGCUUCUUAUAGCUCUUUCUCAAACUCUCUCACCGUUUCUCCUCAUCUCUCCGCUUAUCCAAAACUGAUCAUCGCCCCCGCGAAUUCUCCUUGUUUCCUUCCUUCUUUCCCUGUUGUCCGAUCUCGCUUUGUGUGCAAGAUGAAUGGCUCAGAUAUGAUUCGACAGCUCGAACUUGACAAGCCAGAAGAGAGAAGAAAACCAGAGAAACGUGCAAAUGGCGUCUUCUGGAUUAUACUUCUCAAUCUUGGAAUAUAUGUUGCAGAUCACUUUUUUCAGGUCCGUGGCAUCAAAUCUCUGUACUUGUAUCACAAUUGGCCUGCUUGGUACCAGUUUGUCACAGCAACAUUCUGCCACGCUAGCUGGGAACAUCUUUCAAGCAACCUUUUUUUCUUGUACAUUUUUGGGAAACUUGUUGAAGAAGAGGAGGGAAAUUUUGCAUUGUGGCUUUCUUAUAUUCUCACAGGUGUUGGAGCAAACCUUGUUUCAUGGUUAGUCUUACCAAGAAAUGCAGUUUCUGUAGGAGCUUCUGGUGCUGUCUUCGGAUUAUUUGCAAUUAGUGUCCUUGUAAAGAUAACAUGGGACUGGAGAAAGAUCCUUGAAGUGCUUAUAUUGGGCCAGUUUGUUAUAGAAAAGGUACUCAUUUUGGGCGUUACAGGUAAUGGAGGCAGCCCAAGCUUCAGCGGCAUUGUCAGGCACUUUACGUGGAGGCUACCCUAUGCAGAGUGUCAAUCAUAUUGCACAUCUAUCUGGUGCUCUUAUUGGUGUGGUUCUGGUGUGGCUUGUCAGCAGAAUUCCCUCUGCUCCAGACCACGAAACAUCAAAAUUGCAUGGCAAAUCAGGCAAAAUUCGAUAAGAGACUUUGAAUUUGGUGUGUCUCACAAAUGUUCAUAAAUAGAAGAAUUCUAUUAUAUAAUUCCUUUCUGAUGAUAAUUUAGAUUUGUGGGAGAUGUAUGGAUAUUUUGCUGGUGAUACAAAAUAAGAAAUUUACAGUGAGCAUGGAAAGGCAACAACUCAGAAAUCA